CGGAGCUGCGUCAGGUCAGUUGCACCGGCCCCAGCCUCAGGAACACACCAUCAUCAGCGCUGCAGCGGGGACCUGGCGGCACACGCAGCCCCAUCCCACCAGUGCCAUGGGCUUUGGGCCAGAGCUGUGGUGCCCGAAGGGGCACAGUGCGCUGCUGCAGCUGCAGGACAGUGAGCUGCGCCUCCUGGAGCUGAUGAAGAAGUGGAUGUCACAGCGUGCCAAGAGCGACCGGGAGUACGCGGGGAUGCUGCACCACAUGUUCUCUCAGCUGGAGAAACAGGAGGGCCUGGGGCAGCUCCGUGCCACCGACCACAGCAGCCGGAUCGGGGAGUCGUGGUGGAUCCUGGCGAGCCAGACAGAGACACUGAGCCAGACGCUGCGGCGGCACGCAGAGGAGCUGGCAGCAGGGCCGCUGGCCAAGCUGAGCGUGCUGAUCCGUGACAAGCAGCAGCUUCGCAAGGCCUUUAGUGAGCAGUGGCAGCAGCUCAGCCAAGAGUACGCCCGGACCACACAGCAGGAAAUGGAGAAGCUGAAGGCACAGUACCGCAGCCUUGUGCGUGACAGCACCCAGGCCAGGCGCAAGUACCAGGAGGCCAGCAAAGACAAGGAGCGGGAAAAGGCGAAGGAAAAGUACGUGCGCAGCCUCUGGAAGCUCUAUGCCAUGCACAACCAGUAUGUGCUGGCUGUACAGGCGGCUGCGCUGCACCACCAGCACCACUACCAGCGUGCGCUGCCCACCCUGCACGAGUCCCUCUACAGCCUGCAGCAGGAGAUGGUCCUUGUUCUGAAGGAGAUUCUUGGGGAGUACCAUAGGAUCAGCAGCCUGGUGCAGGAAGACGUGCUGGCCAUCCACCAGGAGGUUGCCCACGCCAUCGAGAUGAUCGACCCCACCACUGAGUACAGCAGCUUUGUUCAGUGCCACAGGUAUGACUCUGAGGUACCGCCGGCAGUGGUCUUUGAUGAGAGUUUGCUGGAGGAGACAGAGAGCCUGGAGCCAGGGGAGCUGCAGCUGAAUGAGCUGACCAUUGAGAGCGUGCAGCACUCCCUGACAUCCAUCGAGGAGGAGCUGUUGGCCAGUAGGGAGGCAGUGAGCAGCAAGGAGCAGCGGCUGCUGGAGCUGCAGGCUGAGCUGCGGGGCGAGGAGCUGGCACUGAGCCCCGGGGAGCGGGUGCACUUGCUGGGCAAGAGGCAGGGGCUGCAGGAGGCCCAGCAGCAGCUGCAGGGCUGCCUCUGUGCCCAGGCCAAGCUGCAGGCACAGCGGGAUAUGCUGGCCAACAAGCUGGCAGAGCUGGGCUCAGGGGAGCCCCGUCCCGCCUUACCCCUGCAGGAGGACCAGCAGUCAGUGUCCUCCACGGAUCAGGAGCGCAGUGGGGUGACUGCGCUGGAGACCAUCAAGAACCACAUCUCGGGCAUCUUCGGUUCCAGGUUCUCGCUGCCACCUCCCGUGCCCCUCAUCCCGGAGGUGCAGAAGCCACUGUGCCAGCAGGCCUGGUACCACGGGGCCGUCCCGCGCUCGGAGGUGCAGGAGCUGCUGAGCUGCAGCGGGGACUUCCUGGUGCGGGAGAGCCAGGGGAAGCAGGAGUACGUGCUCAGCGUGCUGUGGGACGGGCAGCCCCGGCACUUCAUCAUCCAGGCUGCUGAUAACCUGUACAGGCUGGAGGGUGACGGCUUUCCCACCAUCCCGCUGCUCAUCGACCACCUGCUGCAGAGCCAGCAGCCCAUCACCCGCAAGAGUGGCAUCGUCCUGACCAGAGCUGUGCUCAAGGACAAGUGGGUGCUCAACCAUGAGGACGUGCUGCUGGGGGAGCGCAUUGGCAGGGGGAACUUUGGGGAGGUGUUCAGCGGCCGCCUGCGUGCUGACAACACCCCCGUGGCGGUGAAAUCCUGCCGGGAAACCCUGCCGCCCGAGCUGAAGGCCAAGUUCCUGCAGGAGGCCAGGAUCCUCAAGCAGUACAACCAUCCCAACAUCGUCCGGCUCAUCGGCGUCUGCACCCAGAAGCAGCCCAUCUACAUUGUCAUGGAGCUGGUGCAGGGAGGGGAUUUCCUGAGCUUCCUGCGCAGCGAGGGGCCCCACCUGAAGGUGAGGGAGCUGAUCAAGAUGACAGAGAAUGCCGCGGCGGGCAUGGAGUACCUGGAGAGCAAGCGCUGCAUCCACAGGGACCUGGCUGCCCGCAACUGCCUGGUGACAGAGAAGAACACCCUGAAAAUCAGCGAUUUCGGGAUGUCACGGCAGGAGGAGGAUGGUAUCUAUGCCUCCACGGGGGGCAUGAAGCAGAUCCCCGUGAAGUGGACUGCCCCCGAGGCUCUGAAUUACGGCCGGUACAGCUCGGAGAGCGACGUGUGGAGCUUCGGGAUCCUGCUGUGGGAGGCCUUCAGCCUGGGCGCCGUGCCCUACGCCAACCUCACCAACCAGCAGACGCGCGAGGCCAUCGAGCAGGGCGUGCGGCUGGAGCCCCCCGAGCAGUGCCCCGAGGACGCGUACCGCCUGAUGCAGCGCUGCUGGGAGUACGACCCCCGCAGGCGGCCGAGCUUCGGCGCCAUCUACCAGGAGCUCAUCGCCAUCCGCAAACGGCACCGCUGA